UUCUCUUUAUUUAUUUUCUUCUUAGACAAUAUCUCUCUUUCUUAUAUUGCACUGUGAUUUUCUGAUCUAGACAACAAUGGGUUUUGCAGCUAAGAGCUAUUCCUCACUUCUUUGCAUGUUGGUUCUUUUGACCACAAUCUGUUAUUCCCAGAGUAAUUAUGUGUGUUCUAGAGCAACCUAUUACGGCACUCGUGAUAAAUUAGGAACUUCAACUGGGGCUUGCGGGUAUGGCGAAUUUGGACGAAGAAUCAAUGGUGCCAACGUGGCAGGGGUUUCCAUGUUGUAUAGGAAUGGAUCUGGUUGCGGUGCAUGCUAUCAGGUUAGAUGCAAGAUACCCAAAAUUUGCAGUAAUGAUGGAGUAAGGGUAGUGGUCACAGAUCAUGGCGAAGGAGAUAGGACAGACUUCAUCCUCAGCCCUCGUGCCUAUGCAAGAUUGGCUGUUCCAAACGCAGCCUCGAAGUUGUUUCCUUAUGGCGUAGUUGACAUUGAAUACCAAAGAAUUUCUUGCCAAUACCCAGGUUACAACCUCAAGGUCAAAGUUCACGAGUACAGCAGGUUCCCAGAGUACCUGGCUAUGCUUGUAUUGUAUCAAGGUGGUGUAUCUGACAUCACUGCUAUGGAAGUGUGGCAGGAAGAAGACCAAGAAUGGAAGUGCAUGAGGAGGGCCUUUGGUACAGUAUGGGACCUACCUAGCCCACCAUCCGGUCCCCUUACAUUCAGGGCCCAAGUGAGUUGCAGCGGAAGCACAAGAUGGGUGCAGAUGACAGAUGUCGUUCCCAGUGAAUGGAAGGCCGGGGUUGUGUACGACACACCCAUUCAGUUGUCUUAAACAAACCCCUACCCUACAAACUCCCUAUCCUUAUAUAUAAAAUAAUUAUCAAAAAGUUGUAGACAAGCUACUAGUUACAUAUUAAGUAUUAGUUGCUAGUAGUUUUGAUUCACAGCAGUAGUGUUUGUUCUCUAGACUAGAGCUAGUAUUCUGCAGCUUUCUUGAUAAAGCCUUGGUUUGUACCAUGUUGAAGGAUAAGAGUUUGCUUAUCAAAUCUAUAUAUCAAUGGUUUUAUAA